UGUGCUCUUUGCUUCCUGUUUUCUGCUUUUUGCUUCUUACUUCUCUGUUUCUCCACGCCCUGUUUUACCGACAAUCCUGUUUCUUGUCUCGUGCUUCUUGUCUCUUCUUGAGUUCGUCAACUUCUAUCUGGGGCGACAGAAAACUGAGAGAACGAGAAAACGAAAGUCAUGUGCUACGCUGCAGAAAUCGUCAAUAGUAGAACGAGGCAGUUUCACUCUAUUCACUUUAAAGAAGAAUACGCGUACGCAAAAAAUCGUAGAACGACGACGGUCACGUCGGAGGUGAGCUUACGACAUAACCAAAAAGCAGCAUUUCAGAAAAGGAAAAUAAAGAUAUUUAGGUGGAUGAAGCUUUUGGCGAAUUGCUUGCUAAUUUCGUUCGACAACAUCCUUGCCUUUAUGAUAAAAAAUCCAAAGAUUAUAAAGAUAAGAAGUUUGUCGCCGAUACAUGGAUGUCCAUCGCACUCGCCUGUAAUAUGCCGGUGGAUGCAAUUCAGAAACAGUGGAAAAUGCUUCGCAACCAAUUCACUCGAGAACACCGUCUUGAGAAUAUGUAUGAGCCAUCAGGUACAGGGAAUGAUACUUGUAAGAGACCACGGAAGACAUGGUACUUGUACCAGGCCCUUUCCUUCUUGGCACCACAUGUGGCCCACCGCAAUACAUCAAGCAACUUUGUGCGAAGAAGUAUAAUUACUCAGUCAUUACCAUCAAUACCACAAUCUGCACUACGGCCAGCAGGGCAGUUAUCACCGUCAACAUCACAAUCUGCACCACAGUCAGCAGUGCAGUCAUUACCGUCAACACCAGAAUCUGUACUACAGUCAACAAUGCAGCCACCAUCUGAAUCACCGUCUAGCAAUCUGUGGAAUAUAGAUCUUUUAAUGAGUGAUGACUCAAAUGUUUCAAUUCUACCGCUAGAAAAAGAAUUUUCAGAAUCUUCAGCAUCUAUAGCAUCUCCAGUAUCUGUAGCAUCUCCAGUAUCUGUAGCAUCUUCAGCAUCUGUAGCAUCUUCAGCAUCUUCAGUUGGUCAGUCAAGGUCAUUAUGUUCAGUUGGUCAGGCAAGGUCAUUAAGUUCAGUUGGUCAGCUAAGGCCAUUAAGUAUUGCAAGGAAGAAUUUACUUUAUCCACCACCUGACCAAUCUGCAAUUCAGAAGAUGAAGGAGUCUCGUAAAGAGCAGGAACAUCUGUCUAAAAUGAUAACCAAUACGACUGAUUCUAUAAACACGCUCGUGAAUAAUUUAUCAGAAAAGCGUUCACAAUCUGUCACUCCUGUCGAUAAUGACGAUAGUGGAGAAGAAGCAGCAAUGGCAAAGGCAUUACUUUAUGCGUUGAAAAGAGUAAAGUCCAAGUACAAGAUCCAAUGUUAUAUGCAAUGUUUAUCUGUUGUGGAUAAGUUCCAGAACAUGAGAGAAGUUGAAAGUGAUGAGAAUCUGUAAUUCCUUCUUCGCUCGGCCACCAAUAAUAUUGAAGACAGGUUCAAAAACUGUCCGGCACAUUGGGAAUUUUUGGAUUUGCUA